UACUGGUCUUCAAAGAGGUGAACAAAUAAUUACACCCCAGACAUUGAUAGUUUGUUUUCAGAGACAGGCCAUACAGAACAAAAACACCAAACACUGGCUGGAGAUGACAGGAAAAUAAAGGGAUGUUUCUCUUUAGAAGUGCAGAAAUGCAAGAUAUGCAGCUGUGAAGACAGUGUAAAAAUUGUUUCAUGUUUCCUACUAAUAUACCCUCUAAGUAAUAGGACAUGUUGUCACAGAAUGUCAGUGUUUAUUAAAAGAAUAACACAUCCAAAAUUACCAUUCUCUCAUUAUUUACUGAGCAGAAUGUUUUCCAUACAACAAAAGUGAAUUCAGUAAAAAUCUUGGCUUCCAUCUUAUAGCACUCCUGGAGCAUUUCAGAUCUGUGUGGCGUUUUAAAUCGGUGGUGUUUUUUUUUCAUGUAAAUAUAGAUUCACACCUAGGCUUUAUCCAUUUUGUGAAAUAUUAAAUAAAGAAAGCUAAUAAACACUGAGGCUGUUGCAUCCAAACCUUGUGCACAGUGACUAAGCGUCAGUGAUGCUACAUGUUUACACAAUCACCUCAAGCAUGACAGGACCAAUGACAAAAUAACUGAACACCUUUCAUUAGACCACGACUCUCUGUGAUGAUAGUCGUGCUCGUGAAUUCAAAUCAUGAGAAUAAGCUGUGUGAAGAAUUUGUUUCCAGUUUUGUCUGUCACUGUGGUGUUUCUCUACAUGAGUUUGAUGAGGAGGCAAAUCCAAACUCAAGAGAAGCAGCUCCACCAAGUCCAGCAGAACAAGGAACAGCUCCUCAACAAGCUGGACAAACUGGAGGCUCAUUUAAUAGCCGUGGAAGAGAAAAGCCUUAAAGUGAAACAUGAGAAGAAGCCAGCAAAGAAGCUGUUCCCAAACUCACACCUUUUCAAGCAAUGGACUGUUGAACUUUCUGAGGAUGACCAGAGGAAGGCUGAAGAUCUCUAUCAGAAAUAUGGCUAUAAUGCCUUUCUUAGUGACCAACUGCCUCUGGACCGGGAGCUGCCGGACACUCGAGACCACAGAUGCAUUGACCGUGAAUACCCCCACAAUCUACCCACCCUCAGCGUGGUGCUGAUUUAUCUGGAUGAGGCUCUGUCUGUCAUUCAAAGAGCCAUUUGCAGCAUCAUCAACAGAACUCCAGCCCACCUGCUCAAGGAGAUCAUACUGGUGGACGACCACAGCACAAAUGAAAAUCUGAAAACACAGCUGCAUGCUUAUGUCAGCUCCAUCAAUAAGAAGCACCCAGGGCUGCUGAAGAUGGUGACCCAUUCAGAGCACAAAGGACUUUCCCAGGCCAGAAUCUCAGGGUGGAAGGCAGCCACUGGGGAUGUGGUUGCCAUUUUGGAUGCCCACAUUGAGGUCCAUGUCAAAUGGGCGGAGCCUCUGCUUGCACGUAUCCAGGCUGACCGCACGCUGGUCCUGAGCCCCGUGUUUGAUAAAGUCAAUUACUAUGACUUGCAGGUGACACCGCAUUUUACCUACGCUCAAGGUUUUGACUGGGCUCUCUGGUGCAUGUACGUGGCAUUCCCACAGAAGUGGUAUGAUCAAAACGAUCCUUCACAGCCAGGAAAGAGUCCCUCUGUAAUGGGAAUUAUAGUAGUUGAUCGUCUGUUCUUCGGUGAGAUUGGGACUCUGGAUGGAGGAAUGAAGGUGUACGGAGGAGAGAAUGUUGAAUUAGGAAUACGGGUGUGGCUGUGUGGAGGAAGUAUAGAAGUUGUACCCUGCUCUAGAAUUGCUCAUAUCGAAAGGUUACACAAACCCUACAUGCCUUAUCUUAGCAGUGUAAUGAAGAGAAAUGCCCUCAGAGUGGCAGAAGUUUGGAUGGAUGAAUACAAGACAAAUGUGAACAUCGCCUGGGGUCUUCCCAUACAGAACCAUGGGAUAGACAUUGGUGAUGUAUCUGAGAGAAAGAAGCUGAGAAAAAGGCUAAAUUGCAAACCAUUUAAAUGGUAUCUGGAAAAUGUCUAUACUCAAUUAAAUCCCAUUCAUAUUUUAGCUUAUGGAGCGCUGAUCAAUGAUCUGCAAACAAGAUUAUGUUUGGAUAUGGGGCCAGUUGAGGAGAACACUCCCAUUUUAUAUCCAUGUCAUUUCAUGGAACCACAGAUAUUUUAUUAUACGGGACGUGGUGAGAUAUAUGUGCAUCCCAUUCAGUCUAUUAAAAACAGUCGGAUCCACUGUCUAAUUGAUCCCGGCUCAGGCAGGUUUCCAGAGCUGUCCUGGUGUUCGGACACUGAAAAACCAAAACACAUGUACUGGGACUUCAAACAGGGACAGGCCAUACAGAACAGAGACACCAAACGCUGUCUGGAGAUCAGCGCUGAGCAGACAGAAAAGUAUGAAAAGAACGUUUUUCUUCAGGAGUGCAGAAACCAACACUGGAAGAUACAGAAUGAGAGAGACGCCCCAAAGUGAGAAAGAGAAGAAGCCAGCAAAGAAGUUGUUCCCAAAUGCGAAUCUUUUCAAGCAAUCGACCGUUGAACUUUCUGAGGAUGACCAGAGGAAAGCUGAGGAUCUCUUUCAGAAAUACAGCUACA